AUGAAACAUUUUGAAGUUAUUAAAAUCAAAAAAGAAAUGUUUACAAUUGUUCUAUUUUAUACAUUAUACUCUGUCGCAAAUGGAGAGUCUCACAAUGUUUCGAAUACAACACACUCGAACAUUCUGAAAAAUGCUUCAACUCAACAUGUUUCGAAUACAACACACUCGAACAUUCUAAAAUCUACUCCAACUCCGCGUCAUUUGAAUCUGACACACCAAUACACGCCACAAAAUGGUUCAGCUCACAAUGUUUCGAAUACAACACACUCGAACAUUCUUAAAAAUGCUUCAAUUCCCCAUAAUGUUAAUCCGACAAGGCAUAUCAUGAUUCAUCAUGGUCCAUUUCUGGAGAUUUGGAUGCCGAAACCGGUCGUUAAGAAAGAAGGUACUACAUGUAAUUGA